AUGGCCACGUCUGAACCGACAGCCACUGGCGGGGACCAGGACCCCAACUCCGCCAAUUUACGACCAUCCACAAGUAAGUCUCUCCUUCCUCUUUCUCUCCCCAUCUGCCUGAUAAAAACGAGUCUCACCCGGGCUAUUUACCGUGUGGGCGCUGUCGUUAAUCAUUCCGGUUAAAAACAGAGCUAUCACAGCUGCCUGCCGCUGUCGAACGGAUCAGCGGCGCGCAAUGAGAAACGGACCUACUGUAAUCGCCUCAUAGAGUGUAGUCAUAAUGUCCUCAGCGCAGGGGAUCCGGAAAGGAAAUCGUUUUGGAAUAGAAAAUGUACAAUUAUUUGGAAUAAGCCUAUCGAAUUUCCUUUGGCUAAUUCUUUUUUUUUUUUUACCAGGCCUAUCAAAUAAUGUUUUAAAUAUAUAAAGGUUGUUAAGGCUAUAACCAAUAGCCUAAAUGUAUGUUUAUGCUAUUAUUUAUUGGCUAACGAUAUAUUGUGUAUACAAGCAUUAAAAAAUAUAUAUUGUAAUUUAGCAGACGCUCUUAUCCAGAGCGACUUACAGUUAGUGAGUGCAUACAUUUUCAUACUGACCCCCCGUGGGAAACGAACCCACAACCCUGGCGUUGCAAGCGCCAUGCUCUACCAACUGAGCUACACGGGAGGCCAUUUAAAUUCGUAUUCUUACAUUUUUAAUUUUAUUUAGAUAAUUUAUCCCCUCAAAAUCCUACCAUCAUGUAGUCAGUCCUGAAUGAGAGAGCUGUUAACAGCGCAAUUACGCAGGGAAUGGCUGGUAAUUGCAGCCACUCUGGUGUUCGUGAUGAUGACUUGCACUCGUUUUGUAGUGACCCGCUUGGAUAAUUUUGCCACCGAACACUGAGAGAAGGGGGCAUUUAGAAACUGAUUUCUGAAAUUAGCAUUUUUGUCUAGCCUACCACUGAAAGUUACAUUUUCGUUAACAAAAAGCCACACAACCCUCCUCUCUAUAGGCCUAGUCAUAUUUCGUUUGGAAAAUGUAUAGGCCUAAAGGGCUAGUUAACCAGCCAACAUGUCUGCCAUUAAAACCAUUGGCCUAAUAUGGAAAGAUGGCUUCAUGGGCUAUUUGACAGAGGAAGAAUGUGGAUAAAUUGUGGAUAAAUUGUAGAAUAGUAAGUCUGACAUUUUUUCAGGUUUGACAGAAUGCAUAAUGGUUUGAAAAAGCCUGUGAUGUUGUUUUGGUGCUCUGCCUGUUUCUCUGCUGCUGCUGUUGGAUGUUGCCAUUAUCUCGCUGCCACGCUCUGUCUCACUCGCGCUGACCUGAGGCGGCUCGUGGUGUCGCUGUGUGCGAGUGUGGCUUGGGUAGCGCUCGCCUUCAUGCGCUCUGAGUGACACAUCGAGCCGUUAUAUCUGGGUCUUGCAUCCGAGUGACACAUCGAGCCGUUAUAUCUGGGUCUUGCAUCCUAGACAAAUAACACCACCAUAAAGCUCAUAUGCAUAUAGAUAUGCCUUGUUACCGUUCCAUCGCUUUGCUCUGUAUGCUUGUGUGUUUUUUUGUUGUUGCUAUGAUGGCAUUCUCCAUCUGUAUGUUCAUGCAAUUCUAUACUGCCCGGUGUGUGUGUGUGUGUGUCCAAACGGCCAGCCAGACAUCGCCCGCUCGCGCAAGUCAAAUACUGUGUUUCACCUAAUUAAUUUCUGCUCUCCUUCCGGAGGUCAUUUCACGGAUGUUUAUUUCAACCCGCCCCUUCGCCAGGUGCGUGCCAGUAUUUAUUAACCCCGUGAGCCUCUGAUGGCCCAUUACGAUUGGACUGUGUGGAUUCGGACCAUUCGAAUGUUUAGGAAUAAUAACCGCGAGAUAGGGUGAAGUUCCCCCAGACAGUGAUCUACUGCUGCUUCUGAUGCAUGUGUCUGCUUCAUGCUUCUUCACUCCAUUGUGCCAUGCAUUCCAUACGCUUUAUAAAAACUCAUCCGCUGUCACCCAAAUCACACUAUUCAUAUAUUCCAGAAUUUGAUUUUCAGACGUUCUCCCCAAACAUUCUGUUUUAGACUAUGACGCGUGGAUGCAAGGCUGCACGCGGAAACUGGGGUUGAAGAUCUGUGGUAAGUUUUAGACCCAUGAAACCAUAAUGGAGGCUAUAUGGAACACUGAUGUUAGAGCAGGGCCGUCCCGGGACUGUCACUCCACAUUCUCAUCUCCUAAAGGUCAGUUAGCAAUUAGCUUUAGGCCAGGCGCUGCGCGCCGGGGUUCCCGCCCGGACCUCGGCGAGGCACCCCAUGUCUCUUCCUAUCCAUAUCUCUACAGUUAGCAAAGGAUAUGAUGUAGGCCCACACUAUAGCAAGUAACAAUCCGCCUCAGAAAUAUAGAUACAUGCCUAAACAACGAAUAUUUAGCGCGAGAUGAAGGUGUCCAAUAUAGGCUAGUUGUUUUUAAUGCUGAAUUAGCUGGUAAUAUGUUUCGUGCAUAUAGGCGAGGCCUAAAUAUUGUACCUUCUAAUGCCUUUCUAUUUUAUUUUAUAAAGGCCUUAUCACAGUUUUUUUUAAAGCAUUCAUUUCCUCUCCUUUCCGUUUGGAGGUGACUGUGGAUUUGGGUCCUUUCAUGCAAAACUUCAUUUUUUUAUACGACCUGCAAGCCUUAUAAAAUGAAAUGUGAUGAUGUCGAUGAGAUGACGUGGCAGUGCCUGUUUUAGGUUUGGUAAAUCUGGGAGGUUCCAUAAGGCCUCUGUUAUCCAAUCAAGCCAAGGUGAAAUGGUUGAAUCCAGUAUUUUUCCAACAGGAUUCUUAGACGUCCUGUUUUUCCUGGGCCCUAUAUUUAAUCGUUUUUCGAUUACGUCUAGGAUUGGUUUGACGUCAGCAUACACACAUUGAGAAAAAUAUCCUUUCUUUAAAAAAUCCUUCCAACCUUCACUGACGUCAGACCAACAUAUUUUUUUGUGGCAGGUUUUGAUAAUGUCAAGAAUGUCAAUGUCAUUUAAUUGCAAAAUGAGGCAUUGUUACCAUGGCUUCAAUCCAAACACAAAGAAGGGAAUGUAAUUAGACUAAGAAUAAAUGGAUUUGAACUCGAGAGUUACGAUGCAGGCCUAUAAUUCGUACGGAGGGCCCACAGAAGUAGGGCACCUGCCCCGUAAUGCGGAGGACAUCCCCUGCCAGAGAAUAAAAACACAAAGUAACCUCCCUCAUAACCCUGAACAUAACCUUAAUAACGAAAUAAUUCACCACAAUGCACGAAGAAACAUGUUUAUUCGAUCAACUGAUUGAUUAUUUUAAUAGAGGACAUUUCUUUGGCCCUAUGAGUAAUUUUCAAAUUUCUGUGCGUUGUGCAUCAGGCCCAAUAAUUUACAUAGCCUACCGUAUCAUAUGAAUAUGUAGGCAGAGGGCUAAGUGCUUAUAGGGUAAUUUUAUGCAUGAUAAAGAAAUAAUUUAGUUUCUAUAAAUAUCCCCUCGGGCUGAUGAGGAAUAUAGCUAGGGUUUGAAAUCAUUUUUGUGAGGAGGAAAAAAACAGAACAGUGACAAUAGUCAUCAUAAAAUGAUGCCGAGUGUUAGAUGUUGUCAUAUGUCAGUGUGUAUUUACAGCCCAUAAUAGUCGUCAGCUCCUAUCAAUUAGUAAAGAAACGCGUCCUGUGGAUGAUAGGGAAGAUUAACGAGAACCAUAUCAACCGGCAGUUUUUUCGAGGCCGCUGCUCUGGUGAGAUAAUCAGUGCCCUGUGUGCCAACCGAGAUUAGCGGAAUAAAUUUAAAUGAAAGGAGCUCUGAAACAGAAAAGGGGUUUGAGAGAGCCUGCUCUCUGUCUCAUUCGAUAUUGCAAAAACAUUUUUUACAUCAGAUUUUCAUAGAAUAAUUUAAUGAAAACUGUAUGAUGUGAAAAUAAGUGUUUAAAUCCAUCCAAAAUUAUUAGGCAUAAAAUGACCUUCUCUGGUGGUAGCCUGUUAGGCUAUAGGUUUUUCUCUAUGGGUUUUUUCAAAGAUCAAUGGGCUAUUAAUAGACACGGACUUUAAUUAAAAAUAGACUAGCCUAUCCAGAGGCCGUAUAAUAUCUCGCAUCCUUCAUUAACCCCACUCCAUAAUGUCUGCUCUAUGAGCCGGUAAUGACAUGGACACUCCUCCGGGCCCUCCACACAGCCCCUGCACGCUCAGGCGUGAAAAGUCCGGGGGGACAGGAGAACAUUCACCGCUGGACUAAAUUGGGUAUUUCUCGCUCUCGCUUGACUGGGUUAUUAACAUUUGUAACAGACCUAGAUAAACUCAGGUCUCUGAAUAAAAGUUAUUAUCGGGUUAUUAUCUAGAGAUGUUGGGCAGUGAUAACCGCGCAUGUUCCCCCUCUCGUGCCCCUCCUUGUAACACCCUAGGGUUCCUGCAGAAGAACAACAGUCUUGGGGAGGAAGGCCGGAUCGCAGGCUCACUCUCAGAACGCAAGAAUAACCUGUUCUCCUGUGACAACAGCGAUCGGGAUGCCCGCUUCCAGCGCACUGAGACCGAUUUCUCCAACAUGUUCGCGAGAGGUGAUAGAUAACGAGUUAAUUCUUGCCAGACUUUUAAUAUAGCCUAGUCCUACACUUUUGUUUUGUAAUUCUUAUAUUUUCUAACAUGUAGUGAACCGUAGCCUUACAAUGUUUAUAGUUUGAUAUACCAUAUUUAUAGGCCCCAUUCUGUAAAAGGGCAUCCAGCCCCUACAUUCGAUUUUUGUUCGUUUUGUAAAUGCUUUUUCCAUAAUUCUUCUAGACUUACUUCCCGCCAAAAAUGGAGAAGAGGCGACUAUGCAGUUCUUGUUGGAACUUGUGGACAUCCUCACCAACUACGUCAGGAAGACAUUCGACCGUUCCACCAAGGUUCUGGACUUCCACCACCCUCACCAGCUGCUCGAGGGCAUGGAGGGAUUCAACCUCGAGCUCUCUGACCAGCCAGAGUCCCUCGAGCAGAUCCUCGUGGACUGCAGGGACACGCUCAAGUACGGCGUGCGAACAGGUACAUACAAUAGACCACUUAACUGGCAACAACAACAUUAAGUGAAACAGGCUACAGCAUUAAACCAGACGUUGCCUUCUUUAUUAUUUCAGGACAGUUUUUGUGUGCAUUAAUGACGUUUCCAAUCUUUGUAUUUCUCAUAUUUCCAAUUGUGCAAUUUCUUCCUUAGUUCUUCCGUUGAGCAGUUUAAAUUAGUGUGAAAUAAAUAAAAGCAGUUCUCUUACCAAGCCAGGCAGUUUAAAAGCUUAUUGCCAUUGGAAAAAGCAUUAGCCUAUAGAGAUCAUUAAGACGGUUCAUUCUGCUUUUUUUUUAGGAAACAUUCCAAUCCAAAACAACCAAUAUUGCUGUAGGCUAAAAUGGUUAGGUUAGUCUAUAUGGAACUUGACCAACUGGUAGACCUAUUUCCAUAUUGUUUAGGCUUCCUAAACAUGUUUAACGCACCGUUGAACAUUUCUUCAUACAUUAUUGGGAUGCAAUUUGUUUUAUUUUUAUCACAGUGAUCUGCUCGUGUUCACAACACUUGAGCAAAAUCGAAUUCUACACAAAACCAUUUAAGCAUAAGCUGUUCCCUUGAUCAGCAACAUCCAAUCACAAUGACGGGUCAUUGUACCCCUGGUAAUUCUCCUUCCCCGGUCUUAUUAAACCAAGUACCGCCCGCGGGGACGCAAGCCUGCGUGGGAUUUUACAAGCCGUUAGGAACGACUACAGUCAAACUAUCCCUUGGGUUUACUUCCUAAAGACCUUUAGCUUAAUUCAUUGAACAUUUACCCACACAAAGUGACGAUAGUUUAAAAAACAUUGUCGCACGAUUUAUGAGUUUGUCUGAAACAAUUAGCAUACCGCAGUUCAGUCUCAUGCCUUCAUUCCAAUGACGCUAUCACGGGCGCUGUCCAUCGUGCUGAAAUAUAGCCUACCACGCGGGAGAAAAUCCACCUGGUUAUCAGUGGGUGCUGUGUCCCCAUGUAGUUUCUCUGCACCGCCAAGGCAAAUGUUCCACUGCAUCUCAGGUCCCAAUAGGAAUACAGCAAAGAGUGAAUUUGGGAGUUUCAGAAAAUAACCUGUCUGAGUUCACAUCAAAUGGUUUGUUUUCAUAACAGGAAAGAACACACACUGUUUCAACCCUUGUGGUAGAGCUGUGAUUUUAUAAGGUUAUAGAAACCUUACAGGCAAAUAUUCCACUAUGUUUUAUUGUAUUUUUUAUUAACCUUUAUUUAAUCCAUGAAGUCCCAUUCAGAUAGAAUGUCUUAUCUCUGUAUUUCAGGACAUCCCCGGUUCUUCAACCAGCUCUCCACUGGGCUAGACAUCAUUGGGCCUCGCUGGGGAGUGGCUCACCUCUACAGCCAACACCAACAUGUGAGUCAUACACUGCUGUUUUUGUGUAUGUAAAGGUGUAUCGAAAUCACUGUGCUGACUAGCCAACGUUUUACAUUACAUUUACAUUUUAGUCAUUUAGCAGACGCUCUUAUCCAGAGCGACUUACAGUUAGUGAAUACAUAUAUAUAUAUAUAUUUUUUUUUAAUACUGGCCCCCCGUGGGAAACGAACCCACAACCCUGGCGUUGCAAACGCCAUGCUCUAUCAACUGAGCUACAUCCCUGCCGGCCAUUCCCUCCCCUACCCUGGACGACGCUGGGCCAAUUGUGCGCCGCCCAUGAGUCUCCCGGUCGCGGCUGGCUGCGACAGAGCCUGGAUUCGAACCAGGAUCUCUAGUGGCACAGUUAGCACUGCGAUGCAGUGCCUUAGACCACUGCGCCACUCAGGAGACCAGGAGUGUUGUUCGUAUAACGAUACAAUGUAACUCGUAAAGGGAAUGUGACGAUUAUAGAUUGCUAGAAAGCCCCAGCGGGUUGUGAUUGACAUUUGAAGGAUUUUCACCAUGUAGCAAAAAUAGAAUCAAAUCAUUAGUUCUCAGGAAGUGUGGCUCCCCUCAUAUCUGCUCAGUUACAGUACCUUGAAGUUAAACGAAGGCCAAGGCCUUUGAUUGGCUAGGUCAGAGAGGUUUAAAAUGGCUGUCAUAUAGGCUUGUUAUAUAAAAUGUACAUUUUUCACCUGACUGCUGUUGGCACUGUACCAACCAUGUACAGAACAGCAGCCCUGAAUACUAUACAUCUCGGAUAACACGCACACACCUACACACACACUCACUCACGCACACACAGACACUCACAGACACACACACAUGCCCCAUGGGCUGGUUAGAUUGCAUAUUGAUCAGAGCCCAGUGUUAUAUGACAUGGUGGUCCACUCUGAAAGAGGUUAUGAAGCCCUGCAGAGCUCAACAACACCGGAUACAGGACACAUCAUAUAGGACACAUCAUACAGGACACAUUAUCGUUUUUAUGCACAAUCACUCAUACACUAUGUAUACAAAAGUAUGUGGAUUCGGCUAUUUCAGCCACACCCGUUGCUGACAUGUGUAUAAAAUCGAGCACACAGCCAUGCAAUCUCCAUAGACAAACAUUGGCAGUAGAAUGUCCUUACUGAAGAGCGAAGUGACUUUCAACGUGGCACCGUCAUAGGAUGCCACCUUUCCAACAAGUCAGUUCGUCAAAUUUCUGCCCUGCUAGAGCUGCCCCGGUGAGCUGUAAGUGCUGUUAAUGUGAAGUGGAAACAUCUAUGAGCAACAACGGCUCAGCCGCGAAGUGGUAGGCCACACAAGCUCACAGAACGGGACCGCCGAGUGCUGAAGCACGUAGUUCGUAAAAAUCAUCUGUCCUCGGUUGCAACACUCACUACCGAGUUCCAAACUGCCUCUGGAAGCAACGUCAGCACAAUAACUGUUCGUCGGGAGGUUCAUGAAAUGGGUUUCCAUGGCCAAGCAGCCGCACACAAGCCUAAGAUCACCAUGCACAAUGCCAAGCUUCGGCUGGAGUGGUGUAAAGCUCACCGCCAUUGGACUCUGGAGCAGUGGAAUCGCGUUCUCUGGAGUGAUGAAUCACGCUUCACCAUCUGGCAGUCCAAUGGACAAAUCUGGAUUUGGCGGAUGCCAGGACAACGCUGCCUGCCCCAAUGCAUAGUGCCAACUGUAAAGUUUGGUAGAGGAGGAAUAAUGGUCUGGGACUGUUUUUCAUGGUUCGGGCUAGGCCCCUUGUUCCAGUGAAGGGAAAUCUUAACGCUACGGCAUACAAUGACAUUCUAGAUGAUUCGGUGCUUCCAACUUUGUGGCAAUCGUUUGGGAAAGGCCCUUUCCUGUUUCAGCAUGACAAUGCCCCUGUGCACAAAGCGAGGUCCAUACAGAAAUGGUUUGUCGAGAUCGGUGUGGAAGAACUUGACUGGCCUGCACAGAGCCCUGACCUCAAUCCCAUCGAACACCUUUGUUGCAUUCCCUGGCCAUCAAGCUGUCCAUAUAAUCAAGGAGGACUUUUACAGAAUUACAGGUACAGUAGGCUAUGGUCAGUUGACUGCCAGCAAUGCUUUGCUAAUCUCAAAUUAAUCAGCCUAGGCAACAUGAUAAAAAUGAUAAAUAGCCUAAUUCAUCCCACAGAUUUUCAAAACGUUAUUGGUGCUAUAGAUGGGACACAUAUUCCCCAUUCAAAGACCCUCUGGACCAAAUGAAGGAGAAAAUAUUUUCACAGCAUAAACAAACAGGUAGCUAUUGAAACUGUAGCUUACACUUUCACUAAACCAAAUAAUUUUCAGAAACAGUCAUUAAAUUCAAUGAUCAUCCUUACUUAUUUUGUCAGAUGAUCUGUGACUCCCAUGGGGUUACAACUAAACAUAGAAUAUAUUGUUGCCCGUGUUGUCAUGACAAGCACUCUAUGAAUUCAAUAAAUUAUUAUUCAUCCUACAUAGGCUAUGGCUGUGGAAUGGGCCUACCAUUGCAAUUGUGACAUAGGCUACUACAACAUAUUAGGCCUUGACCCUUAAUAAGUGCUCUAUAAAGUGAAAGCAUUAUUACUAAUCACCCAUGUGUGUAAGCUAGGCCUAUUAGAUAUUAGAAUCGUGCCACUUCACUUGCGCAUUUAUUCUGUCUGCAAUUUUCUGCCAGGCUCCCUUUCUGGCUUUUGCGGCAGCGGAUGUAUUACUUUUUUUGGUAAAUGGAACAUAUUUGUUGUAUGUUGUUACAAUUGUCUCUUGUUCUAGACUUGUGAAAUUUUGGGGACUUGUCUUUUGGCUCCAUAUAUAUUGUUUUUUCUGUCAUCGACAUGAGGAGCUUUUUGAAUGUUGCGUGCAUGCGCCAGUUGUCAGAUCAACCAAUCUGCGCUUCGCUUAGCCUAAUAACUUGAAGGAGAAGCAGCCGUUCUGGAACCAAUAAAUCCUGGACUCCCUCAUCUGGUUAAGACAAGCUGGAUAUGUUCAGGAAAUCCUGAAUUUGGAAUACCCCCCUGGACUACAAGAGAGACCAUAACAACAACACAGGAAGAGAGGAGAAACGUGUUAAUAACACAAGACAGGACUAUCUAUGAGAGACCAAAUGAAUAACAACAACACAAGACAGGACUAUGAGAGACCAAAUGAAUAACAACAACACAAGACAGGACUAUGAGAGACCAAAUGAAUAACAACAACACAAGACAGGACUAUCUAUGAGAGACCAAAUGAAUAACAACAACACAAUACAGGACUAUCUAUGAGAGACCAAAUGAAUAACAACAACACAAUACAGGACUAUCUAUGAGAGACCAAAUGAAUAACAACAACACAAGACAGGACUAUCUAUGAGAGACCAAAUGAAUAACAACAACACAAGACAGGACUAUCUAUGAGAGACCAAAUGAAUAACAACAACACAAGACAGGACUAUCUAUGAGAGACCAAAUGAAUAACAACAACACAAGACAUGACUAUCUAUGAGAGACCAAAUGAAUAACAACAACGCAAUACAGGACUAUCUAUGAGAGACCAAAUGAAUAACAACAACACAAUACAAGAGAGACCAGACACACAAGUUACAUGACUACAAAAGAGAUCACAGACAAUAUAAUAUCACAACACAUGGUUAUGAGAGACCAGACAUGUUAAUAAAUGGUAAUAAAACAAGAAGUGUUUGAUAGUGACAGAACAAGAUUAAAAAGGAGAGACACUUCACUUCUUUCUUGAACAUUAGCUUAGCCAAUCACCCUGCUUGGAAAACUCGAUCUCAUCUCUCUGUUGGAACCAUGCCCUGAGAGAGAGAGAGAGAGAACAGGGACACUAAAGUGUGACGCACACACACUCAUACGCACACACACUCAUAUGCACACACACUCAUAUGCGCACACACACACCGAGUCAUAUUCAUACACACACAAGCACACCAGUUCAGCCUGGCCCAGAUUCAACAGAUAGUGUAAACGCCCCAUUGACUGCAGGCUCAUUGUGAGCUGGUCUUAGCAGAUAGCCCAGCUGGGCCCCACACUGACACACAAUGGCCGCCCGGCAGCACUGAAAACCCUGUCACACUCAGCGACUGCCUGCCCCGGCUCCCUGUGGAGGACUCUAUCUGGCUCUAUUGUCCCUGUGGAUACAGACUGUCUCUCUCUUACACUCGCACAAGCGCACACACACACACACACUCACACACACACAUGCACACGACUGACACAAUGGUUCUCAGAGUCACUUAGGGGGUCUGGGUUGGGGAGAGAGCCCUUGAUGAUUAUAAUGAGGGCAUUUAGGGGCUGUCCCAUGGGACAGGUAGGUGACUGAAGGGUAAUUUUCACCCUGAAAAGACCAAUGAUUGGCUGUGAUUGUGAUAAUGAUCGUCAUUAUAGGUAUUAUUGGCAGAGAGGAAAAUAAAGGAUAGUGAUUUGUAAAAGGAUUGUCCCCUUGGUCUCAACCAGAAUCAGUAGAUCUGUAAAAAGAAUUGUCCCCUUGGUCUCAGCCAGAAUCAGUAGAUCUGUAAAAAGGAUUGUCCCUUGGUCUCAGCCAGAAUCAAUAGAUCUGUAAAAAGAAUUGUCCCCUUGGUCUCAGCCAGAAUCAGUAGAUCUGUAAAAAGGAUUGUCCCUUGGUCUCAGCCAGAAUCAGUAGAUCUGUAAAAAGAAUUGUCCCCUUGGUCUCAGCCAGAAUCAGUAGAUCUGUAAAAAGGAUUGUCCCUUGGUCUCAGCCAGAAUCAGUAGAUCUGUAAAAAGGAUUGUCCCUUUGGUCUCAGCCAGAAUCAGUAGAUCUGUAAAAACACGCUGUCUUCUUUAUAUAAGCUGAUGCUCUGCUUGUAUAUUAGGCAAAUAGGAUGUUUUUCUACAGUAACAUUUUAUAACAUGACUAUAACAUUUAUUUUCUUCAUACUUUAGUAUGUAUAAUAUAGUACUGCUACAGCACAAAAUACAUGCUUUUAAAUCAGUCCAUGUCAGUGACAGUGUGUAGGUGUGUGUGUGUGUGUGUGUGUGUGUAAUUAGGGCCCAUCAGUCAUAAUCUGUGCUGGCGUAUUGACUGGCACUUAAUGUUCUAAUCAAACCCUCCCCAGGGUGGCUGCACAUGAAUGAUAGUGCUGCUGCUGAGGGCUCUCUCUCUCUCUCUCUCUCUCUCUCUCUCUCUCUCUCUCUCUCUCUCUCUCUCUCUCUCUCUCUCUCUCUCUCUCUCUCUCUCUCCCAUUUCUCUUCCUUCUCUCGUUCUCCUACCAUCCUCUUUGCCACAUUUUCUUCCACUCCUCUCUCAUUCACGUCUCAUUCCCCUUCCCCUCUCUCCUCCUCCCCUCUUCUGUCUGUAUCUGUCCACCAGUGCUGCUUUCCCUAUCCCCAGUUGAGAGGACGAGGGUGGGGGGGUGGGGGGGGGAUGUGAAGGGUAGAUUGGGGGAUGUGUGUCUGUUGUGUAACUGUCUUUGUUUGACACUAGAGGGGGGGUGUCAUGCAUCAGAGGGACAAAGCCUAAGGGCCCCAAAAUUCACACAACCCACAAACAUACUGUACAUAUGUAACACCCAACCUGGAGUCACUUUGCCCUAUCUUUCAGAAAUGAUGAAAUGAUGGAACCACAACAUUCAAUAGAAAUCUAAACAAAAGCUUCUCUAUUGUCCUCUUCAUCUCCUCUCUCCAUCUCCCUCUUCGUCUGCUUCUUGUCAUCCUUUUCUCUCCAUUCCAUUGGUUCCGCAUCGGUGUCCCUCUCUCUCCUUCAAUCUCUCUUUCUCUUUCUCUCUCUCCACUCUCUGAAGCAGGAAAUAGAUUUGGGCCUUCUUAUCUCUCCCCAACACAAACCCCCACCCCACUUCCCUCCCCUCACACACAUGCACGCACACACACACGCGCACACACACACCCUUCAGCUGGUCGCAUCAAAAGCCUCCAUUGAGAUUCACAGAAUUGACAGAUAGCUAUCAGAGUUUUGUGUGCUUUAAUUAAACGUUGACUGAAACUUUAAAGGGAUUUGAAUAUGAAUGUCUACUCUCUAUCUCAUAUCAGACAGAUUUUAAUUAGUUCAACUCUGUCAGAAGAAUUACGUGUGUGUGGGGCUAAUUUAAUGGAGCUCUGUGUUCUCAGCUUAGUUUAGCCAUGCAAAAAUAACAUCCUUGAAUAUCUUUUGCUUUUGCUCACCUGAAGUAAAGUUAGCUAGAUGGCAUGUGUGUAGGAGAAGGAUCAAAGGUCUAUGUGACUGAAACAUUUUAAGUGAAAUGUUGUAAUUGUCAAUAAAUGUUUGUGUUUACAACACACAAUGUUUUGAGUGAAUCGGUACAGUGCCUUCGAAAAGUGUUCAGACCCCUUGACCUUUUUCCACAUUUUGUUAUUCUAAAAUGGCAAAAAAAAAAAAAAAAAACAUCCUCAUCGAUCUACACACAAUACCCAAUAAUUAUAUUUUAGAAAUUGUAGCUAAUUUAUUAAAAAUAAAAAACAGAAAUACCUUAUUUACAUAAAUAUUCAGACCCUUUGCUAUGAGACUUGAAAUUGAGCUCAGGUGCAUCCUGUUUCCAUUGAUCAUUCUUGAGAUGUUUCUACAACUUGAUUGGAGUCCACCUGUGGUAAAUUCAAUUGAUGGGACAUGAUUUGGAAAGGCACACACCUGUCUAUAUAAGGUCCCACGGUUGACAGUGCAUAUCAGAGCAAAACCAAAACCAUGAGGUCGAACGAAUUGUCCGUAAAGCUCAGAGACAGGAUUGUGUCGAGGCACAGAUCUGGGGAAGGGUACCCAACAAUUUCUGCAGCAUUGAAGGUCCCCAAGAACACAGUGGCCUCCAUAAUUCUUAAAUGGAAGAAGUUUGGAACCACCAAGACUCUUCCUAGAGCUGGCCGCCCGGCCAAACUGAACAAUCGGGAGAGAUGGGCCUUGGUCAGGGAGGUGACCAAGAACCUGAUGGUCACUCUGACAGAGCUCUAGAGUUCCUCUGUGGAGAUGGGAGAACCUUCCAGAAGGACAACCAUCUCUGCAGCACUCCAAAAAAUCAGGCCUUUAUGGGAGAGUGGCCAGACGGAAGUCACUCCUCAGUAAAAGGCACAUGGCGGCCCGCUUGGAGUUUGCCAAAAGGCACCUGAAGGACUCUCAGACCAUGAGAAACAAGAUUCUCUGGUCUGAAGAAACCAAGAUUUAACUCUUUGGCCUGAAUGCCAAGCGUCACAUCUGGAGGAACAUGGCACCAUCCCUACGGUGAAGCAUGGUGGUGGCAGCAUCAUGCUGUGGGGGUGUUUUUCAGCGGCAGGGACUGGGAUACUAGUCAGGAUCGAGGCAAAGAUGUACGGAGCAAAGUACAGAGAGAUCCUUGAUGAAAACCUGUUCCAGAGCGCUCAGGACCUCAGACUGGGGCGAAGGUUCACCUUCCAACAGGACAACGACCCUAAGCACACAGCCAAGACAACGCAGGAGUGGCUUCGGGACAAGUCUCUGAAUAUUCUUGAGUGGCCCAGCCAGAGCCCGGACUUGAACCCGAUCGAACAUCUCUGGAGAGACCUGAAAAUAGCUGUGCAGCAACCAACCUGAGAGAGCUUGAGAGGAUCUGCAGAAAAGAAUGGGAGAAACUCCCCAAAUAGACGUGUGCCAAGCUUGUAGCGUCAUACCCAAGAAGACUCAAGGCUGUAAUCGCUGCCAAAGGUUCUUCAACAAAGUACUGAGUAAAGGGUCUGAAUACUUAUGUAAAUGUGAUAUUUCUAAAAACCUGUUUUUGCUUUGUCAUUAUGGGGUAUUGUGGGUAGAUUGAUGUGGGGAAAAAAACAAUUUAAUUAAUUUUAGAAGAAGGCUGUAACCUAACAAAAUGUUCAAAAAGUCAAGUGGUCUGAAUACUUUCCCAAGGAACCUGUAUGUAUGGAUUGAUUGAUUUAUGGAUUCAAAUAUUGAUUGGCAGGUUCACCUAUGAGAUCGCUCCAGUGUUUGUCCUGAUGGAGCAGCUGACGCUGAAGAAGAUGAGAGAGAUGAUUGGCUGGCCCUCGGGAGAGGGGGACGGCAUAUUCUCACCAGGUAUGUAGAAAAAUGAGGUGGUUCUGUCCAGGGGUUGGAAUCCAAAUUAUUUUCCAAUCGUUUUGUUCUGAACAGAACCAUUUUUUUUUUUUCAUUCCGUUCCACUGUUCUGAAGUUCUGAACCGGUUCGACCCCAAAAAAGUAGCUGUUUAUAUCAUUAGUUUCUGUUCUUUUUUAAACCUCAGAAUCAACAUUUUAUUUUUACAUUUAGCUUGACAUUAAAUUACUUCACCAAUAGAGCAGCUCGCUAUGGAGCGGCAAAAGCUAUAGUUGUUUACAUGCAUUCAACAGACAAGUAUAGGGUACGAGAUGCGACUGAGAUUUUGCGGGUGAAGGAGGCUUUCUUUGACACUCCGGACAUAUUUUUGUUAUGACAUGCAUUAUUUGAAUUAGGACCACAGAAUUAUACCUACGGAGGCCCAGUUUCUAUGAAGGAACUUUGAAUGUCUUUGAACUCCAAGGAGUUGGUUUAACAUUCGACCAAAACUAGCUAGCUAGCUAACAAGCUUGUGUGUGCAGAGCAGCACCAGAACGUUAAUAAAAACACGUCUUACCUUUUUGUAGUUAAUAAAUCCAAUGUGAAACAUGAUAACUAUAGUAUCCUUAACUAGCGUUGAAAAAAUGUAUACAUUCUUCACUAAUUCAAAAUCUCUUUCCCUAAUUUCUAAAUCACACUUGUAAUGUCGGAGGGGCAGGUAGCCUACACGCACUCACAUUGGUAAAGAUUUUCAGCUGGCAGGCAGGCAGACACUGGAAUAAGAGUGAGGGCUUUGCAUAUGUGCUUUGUUGCGUUUUUUGUGCGACUGGAAAAAAGAUCCUGGAUGGUAAAAUAACGUUAUUAACCGGUUCCCAUGCUUCUAAAAUAACUGUACUGUUCCGGAACAGUAUAGAUCACUUUCAUUCCCGAUUUUGAUUCUGUUCCUGUUAAAAUGUCAGUUAUGUUCCCUGAACCGGUUCCAACCCUUGGUUCUGUCUCUCCGUGUUGGCCUAGCUGCUGUCCCAGUCAUGGGCUGACCAGUUAUUCCCUCUCCGUCCACAGGGGGUGCCAUCUCUAACAUGUACAGUGUGAUGAUUGCUCGCUACAAGUACUUCCCUGAGGUCAAGACCAAGGGCAUGUCUGCCGCUCCCCGCCUGGUGCUCUUCACAUCAGAACAUGUAUGUCAUGCACACAGACACACACACGCACACACAGACACACAGCCUCACACACUGAAGAAAUGAAGGUUUUAAGUUGUUUAUAUUCCGGUAUUUUCCUGUAUUCCUACAGAGCCACUACUCUAUCAAGAAGGCCGGGGCAGCUCUGGGCUUUGGUUCUGAGAAUGUGGUCCUGCUGAGCACAGAUGAGAGGUACACUAGAACUACACACACACACACUUCCCGCAUUCAUUUACCCCCAUGCAGUAGAUCGGGUUGCACCUGACCCACUGUAGAUAUACAUUAAGAUAGAUCAGCUGAUUCUCUGUUCCUGCUCUCUCUCUCAGGGGGAGAGUUAUUCCUGCUGAUCUAGAAGCUAAGAUCCUCGAUGUCAAGCAGAAGGUGAGUCUCUCUCUCCUUCCCUCUCUCUCUCGCUCUAUGCCUCUCUCUCUCUGUCUCUGCUUCUCUCAAUUCAAUUCAAUUCAAUUCAAAAGGCUUUAUUGGCAUGGGAAACAUAUGUUUACAUUGCAAAAGCAAGUGAAAUAGAUAAUAAACAAAAGUGAAAUAAACAAUAAAAAAUGAACAGUAAACAUUACACUCACAAAAGUUCCAAAAGAAUAAAGACAUUUCAAAUGUCAUAUUAUGUCUAUAUACAGUGUUAUAAUGAUGUGCAAAUAGUUAAAGUACAAAAAGGAAAAUAAAUAAACAUAAAUACAGGUUGUAUUUACAAUGCUGUGUGUUCUUCACUGGUUUACCUUUUCUUGUGGCAACAGGUCACAAAUCUUGCUGCUGUGAUUGCACACUGUCAUAUUUCACCCAAGAGAUAUGGGAGUUUAUCCAAUUUGGAUUUAUUUUCUAAUUCUUUGUUUGUCUGUGUAAUCUGAGGGAAGUAUGUGUCUCUAAUAUGGUCAUACAUUUGGCAGGAAGUUAGGAAGUGCAGCUCAGUUUCCACCUCAUUUUGUGGACAUAGCCUGUCUUCUUUUGAGAGCCAGGUCUGCCUACGGCGGCCUUUCUCAAUAGCAAGGCUAUGCUCACUGAGUCUGUACAUAGUCAAAGCUUUCCUUAAGUUUGGGUCAGUCACAGUGGUCAGGUAUUCUACCACUGUGUACUCUCUGUUUAGGGCGAAAUAGCAUUCUAGUUUGCUCUGUUUGUUUUGUUAAUUCUUUCCAAUGUGUCAAGUAAUUAUAUUUUUGUUUUCUCAUGAUUUGGUUGGGUCUAAUUGCAUUGCUGUCCUGGGGCUCUGUGGGGUCUGUUUGUGUUUGUGAACAGAGCCCCCAGGACCAGCUUGCUUAGGGGACUCUUCUCCAGGUUCAUCUCUCUGUAGGUGAUGGCUUUGUUAUGGAAGGUUUGGGAAUCGCUUCCUUUUAGGUGAUGUAUAAUUUAGCGGCUCUUUUCUGGAUUUAGCGUGUAUCGGCCUAAUUCUGCUCUGCAUGCAUUAUUUGGUGUUUUAUGUUGUACAUGGAGGAUAUGUUUGCAGAAUUCUGCAUGCAGAGUCUCAAUUUGGUGUUUGUCCCAUUUUGUGAAUUCUUGGUUGUUGAGCGGACCCCAGAUCUCGCAACCAUAAAGGUCAAUGGGUUCUAUAACAUAUUGAAGUAUUUUUAGCCAGAUCCUAAUUGGUACAGUGCCUUGCAAAAGUAUUCAUCCCCCUUGACAUUUUUCCUAUUUUGUUGCAUUACGACCUGUAAUUUAAAUGGAUUUUUAUUUGGAUUUCAUGUAAUGGACACACACAAAAUAGUCCAAAUUGGUGUAGUGAAAUGAAAAAAAAAAACGUAUUUCAAAAAAUUCUACAAAAUUAAUAACGCAAAAGUGGUGUGUGCAUAUGUAUUCACCCCCUUUCCAAUGAAGACCCUAAAUAAGAUCUGGUGCAACCAAUUACCUUCAGAAGUCACAUAAUUAGUUAAAUAAAGUCCACCUGUGUGCAAUCUAAGUGUCACAUGAUCUGUCACAUGAUCUCAGUAUAUACACACCUGUUCUGAAAGGCACCAGAGUCUGCAACACCACUAAGCAAGGGGCACCACCAAGCAAGCGGCACCAUGAAGACCAGGGAGCUCUCCAAACAGGUCAGGGACAAAGUUGUGGAGAAGUACAGAUCAGGCUUGGGUUAUAAAAAAAUAUCAGAAACUUUGAACAUCCCAGGGAGCACCAAUAUAUCCAUUAUUAAAAAAAUGUAUGAAAAUGGCACCACAACAAACCUGCUAAGAGAGGGCCACCCACCAAAACUCACGGACCAGGCAAGGAGGGCAUUAAUCAGAGAGGCAACAAAGAGACCAAAGAUAACCCUGAAGGAGCUGCAAAGCUCCACAGUGGAGAUUGGAGUAUCUGUCCAUAGGACAACUUUAAGCCAUACACUUCACAGAGCUGGGCUUUACGGAAGAGUGGCCAGAAAAAAGCCAUUGCUUAAAGAAAAAAAUAAGCAAACACGUUUGGUGUUCACCAAAAGCUAUAUGGGAGACUCCCCAAACAUAUGGAAGAAGGUAAUCUGGUCAGAUGAGACUAAAAUUGAGCUUUUUGGCCAUCAAGGAAAAUGCUAUGUCUGGCGCAAACCCAACACCUCUCAUCACCCAGAGAACACCAUCCCCACAGUGAAGUAUGGUGGUGGCAGCAUCAUGCUGUGGGGAUGUUUUUCAUCGGCAGGGACUGGGAAACUGGUCAGAAUUGAAGGAAUGAUGGAUCACACCAAAUACAGGGAAAUUCUUGAGGGAAACCUUUCAGUCUUCCAGAGAUUUGAGACUGGGACGGAGGUUCACCUUCCAGCAGGGCAAUGACCCUAAGCAUACUGCUAAAGCAACACUCGAGUGGUUUAAGGGGAAACAUUUAAAUGUCUUGGAAUGGUGUUGUCAAAACCCAGACCUCAAUCCAAUUAAGAAUCUGUGGUAUGACUUAAAGAUUGCUGUACACCAGCGGAACCCAUCCAACUUGAAGGAGCUGGAGCUGUUUUGCCUUGAAGAAUGGGCAAAAAUCCCAGUGGCUAGAUGUGCCAAGUUUAUAGAGACAUACCCCAAGAGACUUGAAGAUGUAAUUGCUGCAAAAGGUGGCUCUACAAAGUAUUGACUUUGGGGGGGUGAAUAGUUAUGCACGCUCAAGUAUUCGGUUAUUUUGUCUUAUUUCUUGUUUGUUUCACAAUAAGAAAUAUUUCGCAUCUUCAAAGUGGUAGGCAUGUUGUGUAAAUCAAAUGAUACAACCCCCCCAAAAAUCUAUUUUAAUUCCAGGUUGUAAGGCAACAAAAUAGGAAAAAUGCCAAGGGGGGUGAAUACUUUCGCAAGCCACUGUAUGUUGAAUUUUAUGUUCCUUUUGAUGGCAUAGCAGGCCCUUCUUGCCUUGUCUCUCAGAUCGUUCACAGCUUUGUGGAAGUUACCUGUGGCGCUGAUGUUUAGGCCGAGGUAUGUAUAGUUUUUUGUGUGCUCUAGGGCAACGGUGUCUAGAUGGAAUUUGUAUUUGUGGUCCUGGCAACUGGAGCUUUUUUGGAACACCAUUAUUUUUGUCUUACUGAGAAUUACUGUCAGGGCCCAGGUCUGACAGAAUCUGUGCAGGAGAUCUAGGUGCUUUUUUGACAUCAACAAAGCAUGAGAAGACUUUGCCUUUGUUUUGGUUUGUUUGUUUGUCAAUUAGGGUGUGCAGGAUGAAUAUGUGGUCUGUUGUAUGGUAAUUUGGUAAAAAUCCAAUUUGACAUUUGCUCAGUACAUUGUUUUCACUGAGGAAAUGUACGAGUCUGCUGUUAAUGAUAAUGCAGAGGAUUUUCCCAAGGUUGCUGUUGACACAUAUCCCACGGUAGUUAUUGGGGUCAUAUUUGUCUCCACUUUUGUGGAUUGAGGUGAUCAGUCCUUGGUUCCAAAUAUUGGGGAAGAUGCCAGAGCUAAGGAUGAUGUUAAAGAGUUUAAGUAUAGCUAAUUGAAAUUUGUGGUCUGUAUAUUUUAUCAUUUCAUUGAGGAUACCAUCAACACCACAGGCCUUUUUGGGUUGGAGGGUGUGUAUUUUGUCCUUUAGUUCAUUCAAUGUAAUUGGAGAAUCCAGUGGGUUCUGGUAGUCUUUAAUAGUUGAUUCUAAGAUUUGUAUUUGAUCAUGUAUAUGUUUUUGCUGUUUGUUCUUUGUUAUAGGGCCAAAAAGAUUGGAGAAGUGGUUUACCCAUACAUCUCCGUUUUGGAUAGAUAACUCUUUGUGUUGUUUGUUUAGUGUUUUCCAAUUUCCCCAGAAGUGGUUAGAGUCUAUGGAUUCUUCAAUUACAUUGAGCUGGUUUCUGACGUGCUGUUCCUUCCUUUUCCGUAGUGUAUUUCAGUACUGUUUUAGUGAUUCACCAUAGUGAAGGCCUCUCUCUCUCUCUCUCUUCCGCUCUCGCUCUCUUUCUCUCUCUGUUUCUCACAUGAAGGGGUUACAUCCCAUUGUGACUUCUGUGAUAUUGUGUUCCUCCAGGGUUACCAUCCUCUGUUUGUGAACGCUACAGCUGGUUCUACAGUCUACGGAGCAUUUGACCCCAUCAACGAGAUCGCUGACAUCUGCGAGAAAUACAACAUGUGGCUGCACGUAGACGUGAGUACUGUGUGUGCGUGUGUCCGUUUGUGUGUUUGGGGACAAUAUUGUUUUGUCCUAUUGAUCUAAUGCUGUGUGUGUUCUUUCUCCAGGGUGCAUGGGGAGGUGGUCUCCUGAUGUCCAGGAAGCAUCGCCAUAAGUUCAGUGGUGUUGAGAGGUACUGACACGCACACACAGACACACAGACACACACUCCUUAUUUAACAAAACCAACACACACUAACAGCUGCAUUUCCUCUCUCAGGGCUAACUCUGUCACGUGGAAUCCUCACAAGAUGAUGGGAGUGCCUCUACAGUGCUCCGCUAUCCUGGUCCGAGAAAAGGUGAGGAACCACACACACACACACCACAUGAAGUUGGUGGCACCUUAAUUGGGGUGGAUGGGCUCGCGUUAAUGGCUGGAGCGGAAUAAGUGAAAUGGUAAUAAAUACAUCAGACAAAAGGUUUGCAGGUGUUUGAUGCCAUUCCAUUAGCUCUGUUCUAGACAUGAUUAUCAUCCUCCUGUGACACACACACACACACCCUUUAACCAUGCUCUCUCUCUCUGUGUAGGGUAUUCUGGCAGGCUGUAACUCCAUGUGUGCUGGCUACCUGUUCCAGCCUGAUAAACAGUAUGAUGUCAGCUAUGACACGGGAGACAAGGCCAUCCAGUGUGGCCGACACGUCGACAUCUUCAAGUUCUGGCUCAUGUGGAAGGCCAAGGUGAGCUAGUGUAGCCAGUAUUUGCUCAUAUCCAGCCUUCCAAUUACAUACGGUAUAGGCCUAAACCACAAAUGGGGUUUCCACACUUAUGGGGAUGCCCUGCCGUCCCCAGUCAGCACCUCUGUAAUUUUUCAUCCCUAAAUAAAUAAUUGUAAUAUUCUCCUUCCACAGGGCACUAUAGGAUUUGAGCAGCACAUUGACAAGUGUCUGGACCUGUCUCAGUACCUCUACGACAAGAUCAGAAACAGAGAGGGAUACGAGAUGGUGUUCCAGGGAGUGGUAAGCUACUGUCCUACUACUUCCUCUAUCCUCUCCUCCCUCAGUCAUCCCCCCUUCCUUCCUUCCUUCCUUCCUUCCUUCCUUCCUUCCUUCCUUCCUUCCUUCCUUCCUUCCUUCCUUCCUUCCUUCCUUCCUUCCUUCCUUCCUUCCUUCUGUAGUUCCAUAGGUCCAAAUAUUCCAAAUGUGUGUCUUCUCUCCGUAGCCCCAGCACACCAACGUGUGUUUCUGGUACAUCCCACCCAGUCUGAGAGGUUUGGAACACAACAGCGAGGAGUAUCGAGAGAAACUUCACAUGGUAAGUGUUGUACAAUAUUCUAACUUUUCAAGUGUUCUAGAAACGUUAUCUUAGAGUUCUAAAUAUGUUAUAUUCCCCUCCCAUCCUUCAGGUGGCGCCCAAGAUCAAGGCGAUGAUGAUGGAGUCAGGGACGACCAUGGUGGGCUACCAGCCUCAGGGCCAGAAGGUCAACUUCUUCCGCAUGGUCGUCUCCAACCCCGCAGCCCUCCAGUCAGACAUCGACUUCCUCAUUGACGAGAUCGAGAGGCUGGGGCAUGACCUGUAG